GCCCAUCUCGUGUACACUACACUACAACACGCACGUGCAGCCCGCAAAUAUUACGCCAUACGGAAGGUCAAUCUUCUGCUAGACUCUUCUGUCCAUCCCCGCCGCGCCUAGCCAAGUUGAUGCCAGGUCCGGCACAGCAGCCUGAACACAGACCUCCCGUACGGGUCUCAACCUUAGCCAUUAUCAUCCUGUGUAAGCCAAAGCAACGCACUGAUACAAGGCUAGUUCUCCCCGCGCGCUGUUCCUUCGCUUCACGCUGGAGUUGCUGCGUGUGAUGUUACAUGUAGACCCUCUUUGAUGAUUUACGUCGGCCCAGAAUCCUCUUCCCCCCCCUUCGCUCAUCUUGUUAGCAAUUAACACCUGCUUCUUCUGGAACUGUUGGAGGACCGACCCCUGGCCUGCCCUCGGUGGAUUAGGGCAGCGGAGACUGGGAACACUGAGCUUCAAGAGAUCUCGGUCGUGGCUUGGCGAUGAACGCCAAAUUCCUUAUGUAGUGACACUGCCCACUUACAUGAUCAACCAUGUUAACCUUCUGAAAAGGCAUCCAAAUUGUAUAUUCACGGCCGGGCCCUUGAUGAGGUUGAUCCUCGCCCACCUCUCCGAUCAUCAUCAUCAGUCUCAAUUGGGAGGCGCAAAACCACGGUGAUCGACAUCAGAUCUCGGUUGACGGGAGCGGCACCUUCUCCACCCUCACUAAAAAGUCUGGUUACGUGCAUUCGACCACGCGCACACAGAGCAGCAUUCGAUAUAUACUCCUGUUCUCCUCGCUUUCUGGUCCACAUCCCACUACCGGUUCCCGUGCGGCGUUGUCGUGAACCCGUCGUCGUUCCGCCAAGAUGGCUUGGACCUACAACACCACAGAUCCCGAUGCGCCUACCAUAGGCCACCAGAUCACGGGCGUGGCCAUCGCCCUUACCGUUCUCUCCUUCGUCACUGUUUGUCUGCGAACCUACGUCCGAGCCUUUAUUCUCAAGGCUAUCGGGUUCGAUGACUGGGUUAUCAUCAUUACAUGGGUCGCGGCGGCUGGUUUUGCGGUCGUGACAAUCGUUCAGACAAGAUGGGGCUUGGGAUUGGUAGAUAUGGAAGAUUUCCCAUCGCAAAACAUGUACAAUUUCAAUAUCCUUCAAUAUAUCGGCGCCCCUUUUUAUAUCUCGAGCAUUUUCGGCUUCAAGCUCGCCUUGCUCACCUCAUACCUUCGCUUUAUUCCCAAGGGCGGUUACAGGUACCUGACUCUGGGCGUCAUUGUCUCUUGCUUCCUCUUUCAUCUGUCAUUCUUGCUGGUGCAGCUGAAUCUCUGCCAACCCGCCGCAAAACAAUGGGAUUAUAGCAUCCCCGGCAAAUGUCUCAAGGGAGUGCCUUUUUAUACGAGCAUGGCGUCGCUAACGAUCAUUUUCGAUGUUACUGCUAUGCUCCUCCCAUUCCCGGUUCUUCUCAAAUCUCAAAUCCAGACGCGGAAAAAGGUUGUUCUACUCGGAAUGUUCGGACUCGGCCUCUUCAUCACCAUUAUCCAGAUUAUCCGCAUCCAGACGGUCAAGCGCCUCGUAAACCCCAUCGACUCCGCGCCUUUGAUUAUGUGGUCGACAGUUGAAAACAACCUCGGCAUCAUCGUCACAAACGUCCCGACUCUUGCGCCCUUAAUCAAGUACUUCAACGAGAGAUCGCGAGCUGGCAAUACCGGGAGCCGAACCCGUGGAACAGGAUAUCCGAAGGAGGUCGGAUCGCGCUACGCCCUUCAGACGUGGAGGACGGGCAAGAGCAAGGGGUGCGAGAAGUUGGACAGCAUAAACGACAUGGAUCUCGGAAGUAUUGAGGGCAAUACGAGCAAGGACGCCAAUAACAGCACCGAGUUCAUUCUGGAUGGCGGUAUUACGAAGAGGACCGAUGUGGUUAUUUCGCGAGAAUAAACGAUUGGGUUCUUUUCCGCGAACACGCCAACACCAUAAAUCACAAUUUUCUGAGCAGCGAAAACGAUACGACGACGAUUUUUUCAUAUGUUAAUGUUCGAAAAGGUGUAUGUACACGUAUUUGGGGGUUUUUGUAUACCAACGAACGAUGUUCAGGGAAUUUGAUGAGCAUGAAUGUUUGGGAUGAUUAAGGGUGUGCGUUGGAGCAGUUAGUGAUACCAAUUUUCCUUCUUUUUGUCAAGAUAAUCAACAAUAACCAUGCCUAUGAUCCAUCUAUCCAUC